AUGGGAGCUGAGGCCGAAGGAGAGAGAGCUUCGGACCUCUUGCUCAAAUGUAUUGAUAAUGGAAGAGUCGAUGUCCUUUGUUCAAUUCUGUCGCAACUAAAAGACAAGCCGGAUUUUAAUGAUCAGGUUGACACACCAUGCUGCAAGGAAGGAACUCUGUUACACAGAGCUGUGCAUUUAGACAUUGUGGACAUUGUUAGUGCUUUAUUAGCUAAUGGAGCUAAUCCGUGUGUUCAAAAUGAUGAUGGAAAAACAGCUUUUCAUUUAUGCCGGUCGGAUAAUGUCAAAAAUGCCUUUAUUCAGGAAAUUCUUAGAGCAGUCACAAUGUCCAACACCGUGCGUGUAUGCCAAUUAAUCUCUUCCGGAAUACCAGUGGAUUCUGUUGAUUCAAAAGAGAGUAAAAAUACUCUUCUCAACUGGGCUGCUGAUUUUUCCACUGUUGAUGUUGUUAGAACGUUGUGUGUCAGUGGUGCAACCGUAGACAUGUCUAAUGCGAAAGGGGAAACUCCUUUACAUACUGCUGUACGUAGAGCCAACGAACCCAUUGUUAGACAACUCUUAUCAUCUGGUGCUGAUCCUAGCAAAACUACACUGAAGGGUGAAGAUGCUUUCGCUAUUGCUACUGCCAAAGGAGGUUCAAUUUUACCGUUGCUAAGCAUGGAGAAGGUUUCUCGUGAAGUACGCAGAAGCCAAUCUGUUGAGAGUUUAGAUUGUGAUAGGAUGUCAUUAAUUUCUUGUGAUACAGUAAAUACUCAACUCUUCCAUGACAAAUUUGAGAAGUAUGCUGACGGAAAGCCUGAAGCCUGGACUGAUUUGUUGUGGCCUCAGCCACGUUUAAUAAAAAUCGCUACAGGCCAGAAAGGCUUCUCUUAUCCUAAAGAUAACAGAUUGAAGAUUUAUUUCGAUGAUUCUUCUGAUUGUUGUCCAAGGCGUAUGAUGCAAGCCAUUCAAAUCAGUUCGCCUCUGCUCAGUGCUCUUGGUUUAGAUCUCGACUAUAGAGGACAUAAAACUGCGGACCAUUGUGCUAAUCCUCUUGAUGGAACUGUAACUUGUGGAAUCUACGCCGAUGGCAGACCGUCUGGUGCGUAUGCUCUCACCAUUGAUGUUAAAGGAGUAGAAGUUGUUGCUUCCGACUAUGCUGGUAUUCGCUACGCGUUUGCCACUUUGGUGCAAGUGAUCAGAUUACAUCGAUAUGCUCAACGUAAUGUAGCGGAUAAUAACAAUACUAGCAAAGUUUCAAUAGGAAAGGACACAAGUAACGGUCAUCUCAACUUUUCCAUGAAUAGCAAUCUCAAUGAUUCUUCUGUUUCAUUAGAUAUUUCUGGAAUUCCAAUGGCUAAUGAACUCCAAGCCAUGACAAUCAGGGAUCAGCCUGAUCGAUCUUUCCGUGCGGUAUUCCAAGACUUUUCAGGAUGCAGAGUACUAAACACGGAGACGCUUCUUCAAUUGGCUACUCGUCUUUCGCAUUGUAAAGCAAAUUAUCUUUUUGUCAAUUUCGAAGUUCGAACAACCGAUCGAUAUCAACUCCCAUAUACGAACAGGGAUCUGUUUCAUAUGAUGCAAGUUUGCGAUGAACUUUUCGUUACAAUGGUUCCAUCCUUGGAUACACAGUCCAACUAUAUUGAUGCUGAUGGAGCUCGUACUAUUAUGGAACAAUUCUUAGACGAUUUCCCAUUGUGUAAGACUGUACACUUCGGACCUAAUCUCUCUAGUAUACUUAUCACUCAACAAAAACUUCUAUCUUUGAUUCAAAGACGAGUUCCGCGCAUAUUCCUCUCUAUUGAAGUGACAGAGAAGAAUGUGGAUUGGAUCAACGCUCUACCAUCAUUUGUCACUUUGUGUGUUGAAGGAUGUUUUCCAUUUGACGCUGAAAAACUUCUUUCUCCUCGGAUCUCUUUAGUUUUGAAGUUCUCCACCGGAGAUGAUGGAUACCUUUGCGCAGCUCCAGACUCAACAGCUAAAAAAGCUUUAUUAGCUGCUAAGCUGAGUGAACGUGGAACUGUUCUUGGUUCCAUGGUGUGUGACUUAUCGACAGGAUGUGAAGCCAUGCCACCAUCCUUGUCAUAUAUUUCUCUGUUAGCUUCUGUUGGCGUUGCCUGGAAUGGCACCACAGAUAUGAAAAAGUUCGCUUUCUUGCUACCUGCUAUAUCUGCACAUCAUCUUCUAAUGGAUGGAGAUAUGGUUGGUCUGUUCGAUCAAAUGUUAACUCUUGGGAGAGUGGAACAUCAGCUAACACGAUUUGCAUACGGGCUAUGGAGACCUCUAGCUUCAUCCUCACCACAACAGAAUGGUGAUCUGGAAUCUCAUGUCAGCGGAUUUGGAAUGAACAAGCGCAUGCCAAUAUCAGUUUUCGUCGAAAUGAUCUUGAAUCCUGAAAACCUCAACUUAGAAAGAUUGACUCCUAUAAUUUUCAAGAAAGCUAGGAUCGAGCUAAGGCGCAGUUUGCAAGCAUUGGAUAAUGCUCGUCGCAUGCUGCCCUAUAACUUUGAACUAGCCUUAGUUUUAGCUGAAAUUAAAUUAGUAACUGAAUUAAUGGUUCUCACCAGCAGAUUGGGUCAAUCGCUUUGCACACAUGGUAGUAAUGUUGAGCAGGCACGUAAGAGAAGCUCGGAGGAAGGCAUUCCGUAUUCUCCGGGUAGAGUAGGAGUAGCUCAUUUACCAUUGACUGUAAGAACAGAUUUGGCCAAUAGUUUGUUGGAAAUCCGGGCUCAGUUCCAACAUGUGUGGCUUUCAAGAUCUAUUCCAAGCACUUUACCGAAUGCGCUUAAGAUGUUCGACAACUUGUUCAGAGCACUUCUGCCUCCGGAUCUGCAGGAGAUGGGAAAGCAACUCCUUUAA